GUUAUCUGAUGUUGACUGGGGUGUUCCUCGGGUUCUUGACUGUUGUGGUACUCAUAUCCCCUCCAUCUUUCAUCAGCUGCCAGAUCAGCUUCUUCUGUUUUUGCAUCAGUUUCUCCUGGAUCUAUAGUCCGCUGCUCACCCGGACCAACAGGAUCUAUAGGAUCUUCGAAUCCAGUAAGAGGUCUUCAAAACGCCCAAAGUUAAUCAGCCCAAAGUCUCAAGUCAUCAUUGCAUCCGGGAUUAUUUUGAUUCAGGUUGUGAUAUGCAUCACCAUCAGCAUCCUGUAUGUCCCCUCCUCCAAACUAUCGAUGCCUGUGCGCACAGAGAGGUACGUGGAGCGUAGCUGCGACUUCACCCUACCCGGACUAGCCUCGUUCCUGACCUACAACCUCGUUCUGGUUGUCGUCUGCUGUUUCUUUGCCUUUAAGACCAGGAAACUCCCCGACAACUUCAACGAGUCUCGUUUCAUAUCCAUGUGUGUCUAUACCACUCUGGUUCUGUGGUCAGCUUUCAUCCCGUCCUAUUUCACAGCAGAUCGACAGUACCUGAAAACUGUCAUGUUAUCGAUUGUUUUAAUUCUCAACAAUAUCGUCGCUCUUUGCUUUCUGUACCUACCAAAGAUAUACGCUGCCAUUUAUCUUGAGACAGACACAGCUCUUCCCCCAGCGAGUACCAGGUUCACUAGAUCGACAGACGUCACCGGCAUCACUGGCAUUACGGAACGGAAUGUCAACUUCCUCCAAGUACAGCCUAUACACACUUGA